AUGAAGUCUUGCUUGAUUAUUAUACCUCUAAUAAUAACUUUUGCGAUCGCUUACUGCUACUUCCAGGAUUUCUACAUACCUUCAUCAACGAUGAUUAAUAUUCUCACUACAUGGGGCGAAAAUUUGGAUAUCAAAAAUGUUUUACCAGAAUAUCCACGUCCACAGUUCGCACGUAGCUCAUAUUUCAAUUUAAAUGGUGAAUGGGAAUACGCCAUACGAAAUGAAAAAGAAAAUGAACCUAAAAACUAUGAUGGAAUCAUAAUAGUACCUUUCUCGCCAGAAAGUAACCUUUCAAGAGUUGGCAAGCAACUUACAGCAAAAGAGAAAUUAUACUAUAAGCGUAAUUUUACACUUCCUGCAGGAUUUAAUAAAGGAAGAAUUUUAUUGAAUUUCGGAGCAGUCGACCAGACAUGCGAAGUCAAGAUAAACGGUAAUACUGUCGGAUCUCAUGACGGUGGCUACCUUCCAUUUACAUUUGAUAUCACAGAUUUCUUAAAAGAAGGAGAAAACUUAAUUCAAGUUACUGUUGUUGAUAAACUCGAUAAAGAUGGUGCUGCUUUCGGCAAACAAACCAUGAACAGAGGUGGAAUCUGGUAUACUGCAACAAGUGGCAUUUGGCAAACAGUUUGGAUCGAAUCGGUUCCGAAAACUUACCUUAAAUCUGUUAAAAUUACUCCUGAAUACGAUAAUUCGUCUGUAUUAUUUAUUGCUGAUGCAAUUAAUGAUGCAGAAGGUACUAUUACCAUAUUAAAUGGUACAGAAAUUAUUGCAUCGGGAACUUUCAAGAAUGGAGCCGAAACGCGUAUCAAACUCCCAUCAUUUAUCAGUUGGUCACCAGAAAACCCACAUCUUUACACAGUUAAAUACAAAUACGGAGAAGAUGAAGUCGAAUCUUACUUCGGAAUGCGUAAGUUCUCAAUUGAAACAAUCGAUGGAAUACCACGUCUUAUCCUCAAUAACAAGCCAUAUUUCCACAACGGUCUUCUUGAUCAAGGUUAUUGGUCAGAUGGAAUUUACACGGCUCCAUCAGAUGAAGCACUCAUUUACGAUAUCAAACAGAUGAAGUCUCUUGGAUUUAACAUGCUUAGAAAGCAUAUCAAGGUCGAACCAAUGAGAUGGUAUUAUCAUUGCGACAAACUCGGAAUGCUUGUAUGGCAAGAUGCUGUUUCUGGUGGAGAAUUACCAUAUUCAGCAUUUAUCAUACAAAUCUUCCCAUUCGGAAUGGGACACGACACGAUUUCGGAUAGUCAUUACGGAUGGUUCCACCGCGACUCUAAAAUUGGUCGUGAUAAUUACUACAGAGAUUUGAAAGGAAUGAUCGAGCUUUUGUACAACUGUCCUUGCAUUUCUACAUGGGUUCCAUUCAAUGAAGGCUGGGGCCAAUUCGAUGCAAAGAAAGCAGUUGAGUUAAUUACAGAUCUCGAUAAGACAAGACACAUCGACCAUGCAAGUGGUUGGCACGAUCAAAAAGCCGGAGAUUUCAAAUCAUUACACAUCUACUUCAAGCCUGUAACAUUCAAGAAGGAUAAAAUUGGCAGACCAAUUGUCCUCUCAGAGUUUGGUGGCUACUCGUAUGCUGUAAAAGACCAUUUGGCCACAACAUAUCAAUUUGGCUACGCAAAGUAUGAAAGUCAAGAAAAACUGAAUGACGCAUUAGAGAAACUGUAUACAACAGAAAUUAUUCCACAGAUUCCAAAUGGUCUUUCUGCUUCUGUUUACACACAAGUCUCUGAUGUCGAAGACGAAGUCAAUGGACUUCUCACUUACGACAGAAAGGUUUGCAAAGCAGAUCCAGAGCGCUUCCGUAACUUCACUAGCAAGUUAGUCUUAUGA